AGUGUGGGGAGAGCGCAGCACAGCAUGUGAAACUGCAUAAAAUAUUUUCCUACACAACUUUGAGACCCCGAAUCGGUGGAGCGCUGUGUCGGCGUAUAAUGUGGGGUGUUUGGCCGGCAUGGCUGUCAGUUGAUUUUCAUAUGUUGAGAAAUUAACAACGGUAUUGGUUAAGGUGACACACUACAUACUAUAUGCUCGUGAGAUAAAUUGAAGAACAUUCGAACAACGUAAGACUUAUUAUAUAGCGACAGCGACAAGAAGAUUCGUGGUAGUGGUGAAUUAUACAAUAAAAUAAAAUAACUCCAAUCAGCAGCACAUUGUCGAUGAAAUGCACUUUGUUUUUUUUUGCCAACAUUAAACCGUGUUUUCGGCUGCAAAAACAAAAAUCACGUAUGUAUAUUAUGUAAAGCAGCGGGCUACGAAAGUGCUAAAGUGCCGGAAACUAAUUGUGUUAUACAUUUUUGGAAAUAGUUUGAAGUUCUGAUGAAAUCAAAGUAAAUUUUUUUCUUUCUACCAAAUUGAAUGUCGCAUAUUACGAAAGUAAAAUAAAUAACAAACACAAAUAAAAAUUACAAUUAAAUUGUAAAAAUAGCGUAAAUAUAGAUAAAAAAGCCGUAAUUCAAUCAUUAUUCUUAUUUAUUAACAAAUAAAGGCGAGUUAGUGCUAUUACUGCGCAGGCAUUGCGGACGAAGUGGCCUCAGUUAAGGACAAGCGCGGUCGCUGGCCAGCCGAAGCAAGGGCAAAGAAUUUAAUAGUGCAUAUAGCUGUCUAUAUGUAUAGGUCCACGUAUAAUUGAAAGCAUUAAAUUGCGCGACAGUUACGAGUGCAAUUUUAUGAACGCGAUUCUCGAAGCAUUGUGCAUUUAAAUUGGAAAUUUCUCGCCAACAAAAACGCGCCCUUACGUUGUCCGUUGCUGCAGCGUAUCCCCUAGCCGCCAGCAGCCCUAGACGCGCCUAUAGCGUAAAAGUGCAAGUGAAAAUUUUCCAGAGCAGCGCCGUAAGAUGUUGACCGUCUCCAAAGGCCCCAGCAAGAUAGUGGCCAAAACACGCAGAGGUGUUCCGCAAAAUUAUGAGAAAUUAUUUGAAAUCAAAGAGAGCGGUCGCAGAUCCUCUGACCUUAAUAGUCCGGAGAAUAAAAGUGCACCACGUCCUGUCUUCAAAAAAUCUGCUUCGAAUGGCCGACACAUAGAAGAGGUCUCAUUAACACCACAGCAUGAGGAGAUCGUGCAGUACAUCAAUGACUCGUGGAACGUCAUUGUGGCACAUAAUCCUUACGACUCCGCGUUCGAAAGCAAUAGUCAUCCGGAACAACCUACGGACUCCAACAACAACUCUGCAGGUUCUUCCAUCGCAUCCACCUCAACAUCAUCUGCCGCCUCAUCGGUGUGCACCUCGCCGCAACCGACCGCAUCGAUCUAUUGCAUCGAACCGCCGAGCCCAGUGUUGAGCGAUUUCAAGCCCUUCGAUUUGGUGACUUGGUGGUAUGAUCGCCUCUGUGAUGUCAAGAGCACGUGAAGUGUGACGACGAACUAAAUCUAGCGAGAGAGUGAGUGUGCGCGUGAAUGUGUGUGUGUGCGUGUGUGGGUGAGAAUGUGACGUAAAUGUACAACGAAGUGCUAUUGAGUAAAACGAAAACAAGCUUAGACACAUAAAUACAAAUAAUUUACAACCAAAAAAGUGGCAGCAAGCGAAAUUUCGUGCAUAAAACACACAAACCACAAACAAAUUAAGCAAAUCAUAAACAAUUGUGAAUUGUCAUCACCUGCGUCAGACAGUCGUCGCCGUCGGCGCCUAAAUGCAGUGUAAUUAACAUACAUACAUACGUAAAUAGAAAUGCAUAUACAUGCAGGCUAUACAUACACACUUACAAAUAUGUGUAAAAUAAUUACUUUUUAAUUAAGUUUUAUGUUUAUAUUUACCGCAGAUAUGUUUGCUCGUUUUUUUAAUUAGCUGUUACAGUACUAAAGUAAUAUAUAUUGCAUAAUAAAUAUAUUUAAAUUUUUAUAAUAAUUUAGAAACUCAACAAAUUACAAUCCUAAUAGUUAUAAUAUAUGUACAUAAUAUAUACAUACUAUAUAUAUAUUAGUUAACGAAAAUAUGAAAACAAUUUAAAAUAAAUUUCAAUAGGCACUUUUUAUUAGCAAUCACUGUAGUUACGCUCAAACCAAUAGCUACAGAAAUAAAAUAUUUGUUAUAAAUUAACAACAAAAUCGCUGUGAGAACUCGAGACGUAUGAUACAUAAGAACUUUCAUUGACGAAAUAAUUGUAUUAUGCAACAAAAUUUAUACUUAUAGGUGGUGAAAAACACAGUCUCAAACAAACAACGUAAAAAUAGUAUAUUUUACUUAUUUUUAUGCUAAUUAAAAAAAAUGCAAUAGUUAGAAAACUCACCACGGAAAAAAAUCAACACAAAAAUUCACCACGAAAAAUUUCACCAUAAUAGUUUCACCACAAAAGAAAAUUCACCACGAGAUCAAUUUCACCAUAAAAGAAAAUUCACCACUUAAGAAAAUUCACCAAAAUUUUUGAACAAAAAAUUAUAAAAUGAAAAUAGACUUUUCUACAUACUCCGCGAUAUUCUAUUAGAAUGAUAAGUAGAAAUAACAUUUCUACAGUUAAAAAAACUUACACUGUGGAAAAAGGUAUAGCACUAACUUUAAACCAAACUAAAAUCACAGUUAUAUUAAAAUUACAGUUAUUUAAAAUAUAUUACGCUGUGGAAGAAAGUAUAGCGCUAAACUGAAAAAUUUGUUAAAACUAUUUGACUGACUAUUAAUUGCGACAACACUUUGAGAUACACUGUAGGUAUAAGGAGUGCCGGCCAAAAAUUGUUAGCUACUGUUUAAACAUCCUGUAGGACAUGCAUUUUAACUUACACAUUUUUGCUAUAAUAUGUUAUAGCAAUUUUACAGUUAACGCCAGCUGUUGUGUAGACACUUUGAAGACCAAUGUAUUACAAGGGAAAUGUUAAAUUUGUUGUUAUGAGGCCAGCAAAGUGUUUUUAAGGAAAUGUUAAAGAAAAUGCAUGUAUGUAUGUAUGAAUUUGUACAGAGCUAUUGUUGAGGGUAAUGUGUAUUUUACAAAAAAAAAUCAAAAUAUUGUUUGCCAUAUUUUUAAGAGCACGGAAACUGCAAUUUUCAACUCCAACUACACAAAAAUAAAGCAAAAAAUUUAAUGUUUUUUAAGUAAAAAAAAAUCGUCGAAAGGAUGAAUAGAAAAAUUUGUAACAAAAAUUUUAAUUAAAAAAUUUUUCUUUUAAUAAAAAUCCGUAAUUAAAAUUUUUUUUAAGAAAAUUUUGCAAAAAUCUUAUUUUAUAGUCAAUAAUUCUAUUUAGUUGUUCUUUGCGUACUUAUUAUGUAAUUUACAAAUGUGGACACAAAGUAAAUUCGCACAAAUUUGUUAAUUAUUUUAAUUUUUUUUUAAUAUUGAAACGCAGCUUUAUAAAUAUGCGUGUAUUUAUGUAUGUAUUUGUAUAAAAAUAGUAUAUUAGAAAUUUUUCACAAGUAACAAAUUUAAAAUUCUUUUUAUUUUUUAAAUUUUCAAAAAAAAAGUUUAUUAAAGAAACUACAAUAAUGUUCAUUGAAUUGACGCAUAAUUAAUUCUGUAUUACCAUAUUUUCGUCAUCAGAGUUUAGUUUUUUAAAAACGCAUAUUCAUCCAAUUGACGUAUGACAAUUUCUUCUUUUUAGAAAAUUAUAUAUUAACUUUCCAGGCUAAAAAAUUGCAGCUACAAAGUUUUUCAUCUAAUUUUUGCUUCACUGUACUGUGCAAUAAAAAAAUAGUGCUAUAACAAUUUUUUUAUUACUUAAUAUUAAAAAAAUUUCAUUGAAGUGUGAACCCAUAUUUGUAAAGCAAAAUAAGCAUGAAUAUAAAUUUUAUGCAAUGUGAUGAGCACAUAAAAGAAUUACCGAAAAAAUUAACCAAAAAUUACCCAAAAAAUAAUCGAAAAAUUAUCCAAAAAAUUACACAAUAAAAAAUCUAAAAAUUUUCCGGAAAAUAACCAAAAAAAAAAGUUCCAAAAAAAUUCCCAAAAAAAUUACGUAAAAAACUAAACAAAAACUGAACUACUAAAAUGAACUUGCCUUACAAUUUUUUUUUAAUUAUCUGUAAUUAAGUUACUUGUUGAAUUGUCAAGCUUUGCUUGUUUGAACAGACAAUAAUAUUAGUAGGCAACAAGGCGGGGCAAAAAAGUUGAAGAACACAAAUAUUAUUUAAAUAUAUUAAUGAAAAUAUUAUAAAUAAUAUAAAUGAAAAUUGUAAAAAAAAUUUAAAGAAAUUUGUAGUUGAAAGGAAAUCAAUUAACGAAUGCAUUUUACGUGGGAGAGCGUUGGUAGCGAAUGACGCAAUAAACUUAGAGAAUUUACGCUAGAAAAGUAACAAAUUAAAUAUCAUUAAGAAAGCAAUUAAUAACAUUUAAUUUGAACUGAUACGCUAACUAAGAAUAAGUCACAAAAACAACGUGUAAACUUCAAAAUAUUUGUUAGAAAGCUAAAUUACGAAAAUACUUCUAAAGGACGUUAAUUUAUUGCCCGAUUUAGAUAUCUCUAUGUAAUUAAAAUUCUGCGUUAAUAAUAAUUACAUGACUGUGCACUUAUUGGAGAUUUUGAAAUGCUGUAAAUACAGUAAAGUACAAUAACAAAUAAUUAUUUUUUUUUUUGUAAAAGUAAUGAAUUUAUAAAUGACUGCAUUCUACCGUGAGUUUUAUUAUAUGCGGAGCAGACAAGUUAUAUAUAAAUAAAUUUACAGUAAACUAGCUGAUAACCAGCAGCAAAAAAGAAAAUGAAAUAAAAAAUACGAAAAUAAAAUAAAUUUUAGCUUUAUGAAUAUGAUGAAAUAUUCAAAAAUAUUGAUGAAAUAUGUAUAUGAUAUAUAAUGAAAAAUUAAUAACACGUUGACAUGUGAAAAUAUGAAAAAUUACUGUUAAAAAUCUUGUUGGAAGUUUGUUGUAAAUUUUUGGCGCUCACGGCAGCUAUUAUAAAGAAGAAGUAAAAGAAAAAUAAAAUUUUCUGCAUAUUUACAACAUACAUCUAAGGGAUGUACACUAAAUUUUGGACUAAUUGUUUGGUGAAUGUGAAAAAUUAGAAAAAAUUUUCUUUGAGCUUACAAAAAUUAGUUUUUUUUCGUAUUUUUCCAAUUUCAUCGAAAGGAUGAAUGACUUCAUUAAAUACCAACGACAUUAAAAUUAAGUAAGGUCGCUUAUGCAAUGUUCAAAUGAAUUUCUGGUUAAAAAUAUUUUCUAAGUUUAACUCAAAAUAAAUUUUUUCCAUAUCUCAAAUUUGAUCGAAAGGACGAACUAGUUCAUU